AUGCCGAGUACAGCCACCAUGAGCGGUCCACUCACGCCGGCCAAGCAAAUCGCAAGAUUCAGCGACGCGAUGGGUCUACGCGACUCGCCAUUCUCAGACUACUUCACUGACGAUGCGCGGUCGAUCGAGCAUAUUUCCGGAGGGGCAGUGUACGAUAUGCCAUCUUCGCAAACCCAGCAGAUGCUCGUGCGACUCAACAAGCUACAAGCUCAACUCAUGCGCGCGGGAGAAGAUGGAGGCGACGCGCUGAAUAUCGUUGGCAGGAAGCUGAGUGAGAUUGAGAAUGAUAUGGAUGCCUUGCACUCGCAGACUAGAGUUGCGCCGGAACUGGAUGAUUCAGGCCUCUUCAUGGACGAUGACGAUGAGCCGGCUGCUACAACUCCGGCGAGGGCAUCGACGGCUGAAGGAUACUUUGGUGGCUUUAAUGGGACGUUGGAAGAGGCAGAGGAUGAUGUCACGCCGGAGGAGAAGGCGGCGGAGCGCGAUUAUCAGCUUGUUGAGGCGCAGCGUGUGCUGGACAAUGUCACGAAGGCGCAGGAGGAAUUGAGAAAGAGGCAUGCGGAGCUUGUGCAGCUCAACGACGAUCGGGCUGUGCAGAUCGAGGAUUACGAGCACGAGGUUGAGGAACUAAGAUCCGAGAAUGAGUCGCUGAGGUCAGAAUUGGGGCUUGAUCAUAGUGAGCUGCUUUUCAUGAAGUUACAGCUCAAGUCGUUGGAGGUGGAGCUGGACGGGGAAAGUGAGGAAGAUCAGAGCAGCAGACGCUCGCGGACACUGGAAGAAAUGGACAAAUGGCGGAGCGAUUGGCAUGAUGUUGAUGCUCGACUCAGGAAACGCCGUGGCAGGUAUGGGGUUGUUACCGAAGAGGACAAGCGUACUUCGCAACGAGACAGGCUUAAUGCAGGAGAUAGUAGCGAUGAGGAUGAUGAAGACUCCUGGUAUCUUGAAACGGUGACAAGGUGUGCCAGUCGUGGUCGGAGGGUCGCUAGUAUCACCAUUCGACGCAUGAACAGGUCCAACCAGCCCUUCGGUUCCGAUGGAGCAGCGGACGACCUCUCAGCACACACAGUAAAGGAUGAUAGCAAGUCGCAAGUAGCAAAGGAUGCCGCCACGCAGCAAAAGACGGCUGAAAACCAGCCCGACGAGCUCCGAGCAUCACAAAAGCAAUACUCCGCCACAUCACCCCACCCAGCCUACACGGACCAAAGCACCCAAACCUCACACAACAACUCCACAUCAACACCCACCCAACACGACAUACCCCGACCCCCCUUCAACCGCCCCCACCUCUCAAACUCAAGUGACGACGACGACGACACAGCCUCCGAAUGCGCCGUCACCACCUCCUCUCCAACCCCCCUAACACAAUCCCCUCUCAUACCGCCCCGGAAAGCCGUUCUGACAAGAUUACCGAAUCUGCCUCCUUUACCCCUGCCUUUGCCAACACCAGCGGCUAAGACGGCAUGGAGGGAGUUGUGGGAGGGGUUGAAUUCUUUUGCUGGGAUGGCAGGGGCGGAGGAUGAGGGGGGUGAGGGGAGGAAAUAG